AUGCUUGUCGACGAUUAUGAUCAAUACCCUGCCGAAAAGACCGAUGUCGUCGUCGUUUCCCGGUCGGGAUCCGACGAGCCUGAGUCCGCACCGACCGCAGACGACCACGCGGCGAUGAUGGCAAAGGUCCUCCCCCACAACCCGGACCUCGAAACCCUAGACGAGGUCUACAACUCAUGGCACUUGUCAGAAUGGCGGAAGAUGGAUCGCAAGUCACACGGACCUAUCUUCCGAUGCGGUGGCUCCCCCUGGCGCAUCCUCUUUUUCCCCUACGGCAACCAAACCGAAUACGCCUCAUUUUACCUCGAACAUGCGUGGGAGGAUGGACCUCCGGAGAACUGGUACGCUUGUGUGCAGUUCGGGCUGGUGUUGUCAAAUGUGAACGAUCCUUCCAUUUAUACACACCACGUUGCGACACACCGCUUCACUGCCGAGGAAGGGGACUGGGGUUUCACUCGAUUCGCCGACCUCAAAGGUCUGUUUAGCCAUGCGUGGGAGGGAAAAUCAGUCCCGUUGGUGCAAGAUGAUGAGGCAAUUGUCACGGCCUAUGUCCGCGUGGUGAAAGAUCCCACGGGAGUCUUGUGGCACAGUUUCCAAAAUUAUGACUCGAAGAAGGAGACUGGAAUGGUGGGAUUGAGAAACCAGGGAGCUACAUGCUACUUGAACUCACUUUUGCAGUCGCUUUAUUUCACAAAUGCUUUCCGCAAGGCUGUGUACCAAAUACCGACUCAUGAGGAAGCUUCGCGUGAGAACAGCGCGUGGGCCCUCCAGAGACUAUUCUACAACCUGCAGACCAACGACGUUGCUGUUUCCACAACCGAGCUCACGGCAUCUUUUGGCUGGCAAUCCAGUCAGAUCUUUGAACAGCAAGAUGUACAGGAGCUCUCACGAAAGCUCAUGGAAAGAUUGGAGCACAAGAUGAAGGGUACUGUUGCAGAAAAAGUUCUACCUGAUCUGUUCGUCGGAAAAACAAAGACAUAUAUUUCUUGCAUCAAUGUCGAUUACGAGUCUUCUCGUGUGGAAGACUUCUGGGAUAUUCAACUCAAUGUUCGAGGCAACAAGAGCUUAGACGACAGCUUCAGGGAUUACAUUCAGGUUGAGACGCUGGAGGGGGAGAACAAGUACGAAGCUGGGCAACCAUACGGUUUGCAAGACGCCAAGAAGGGCGUCAUUUUCGAGAGCUUCCCUCCCGUUCUGCAUCUUCACCUCAAACGUUUCGAGUACGACCUCAACCUCGACAUGAUGGCUAAGGUCAAUGAUUAUCACUCAUUCCCUAUGGAGUUCGAUGCGGCUCCUUAUCUUUCUGAGAGCGCCGACAAGUCAGAGUCCUGGGUUUACCAAUUGCACGGCGUUCUCGUCCACAGCGGUAACCUCGAUGCUGGGCAUUACUAUGCCUUCCUCAAGCCCACUAAGGAUGGGCACUGGUACCGCUUUGAUGAUGACCGAGUCAACCGAGCUACCGACAAAGAAGUCCUGGAUGAGAACUACGGAGACUCCCAGCAGCGAACGAACGGCACUGGAGGACGAUCUGCUAUCCGCACAAACAACGCCUAUAUGCUGGUUUACAUCCGGAAGACGAGACAGGAUAGUGUAUUAUUACCGGUCGCAAAGGAUGAUGUGCCCUCUCACAUUGAGAAGCGUAUGAAUGAGGACCGGGCGGAGAUGUUGCGUCGGAAGAAAGAGAGAGAAGAAGCUCACCUUUACAUGAAUGUCGGCGUCCUUAACGAGGAUUCGUUCCGAAGCCACCAUGGCUUCGAUCUGACUAGCAACGACCUACCCGCGGACGAUCCGGCCCUUCCUACGCAAUACAAGAUUCUUCGGGCGAAGAAGGUCAGCGAAUUUGCACAGGAAAUCGCCGAAGAGCGAGGUCUCAAACCAGAAGCCAUUCGCUUCUGGGCCAUGGUCAACCGUCAGAACAAGACAACCCGACCCGAUCAGGUGAUCCGUGAUCAGGAAAUGACUCUUGAGGAGGCGUACAACAAAUGUGGCACUAAAGGCCAGUUGUUCCGCUUGUGGGUGGAAGUGGCACCGACCGGCGAGGACGGACAACCUACCCCGUGGCCCGAUAAUGACUCGAUUCUCAUUUUCCUCAAAAACUUCGACAUUACCGCCCAGACCUUGACUGGUGUUUGCUCUGUCUACGUUCAGAAGACCCAGAAGGUGAGCGAGCUGGCCCCGACAAUUCUUUCCAAGAUGAAUUGGCCUGCCGGUACAGAGUUCAUGCUCUUUGAAGAGAUCAAACAUACCAUGAUCGACGUCAUGAAACCUAAGCAGACUUUCCAGCAAUCUGAAAUUCAGGAUGGCGACAUCAUUACCUUCCAGCGCGCAAUCAAAGAGUCCGAACUGCCACCAUCAGCACUGUACACAGACGCUCGGCAAUUCUACGAUUAUCUUUUGAACCGCAUGGAAGUUCAAUUCGCCCCGAUCAAGACCAAUGAGGGGGAGACUUUCUACUUGACUCUCAGCCGCAAGAUGACCUAUGACCAGUUCGCCAAGAAGGUUGGUGAGCAUCUUCAGGUGGACGAGACUCAUCUUCGAUUCGCGCCCGUGAUGGCCAGUACUGGCAAGGCCAAGCCUUUCCUGAAGCGAAACGUCAAUCAGAACCUCUCGCAAAUCCUUAAUGGUCAAUAUGGUGCCUACGGGUACACCAUGCACCGGGCAGACGCUUUGUACUACGAGAUACUGGACAUGAGUUUGAGUGACUAUGAGAGUAAGAAGUGCUUUAAAGUCACAUGGCUCCCUGAUGGAAUCACCAAAGAGGAAAUUGUUGAGGUCUUAGUUUCCCGUAGUGGCAACGUGGCAGAUCUUCUGGCUGCGUUGCAGCAGAAGCUGGAACUGGGCGAUGAGCCGAUCCGGGUUGCCGAAACACACAGCGGAAAGGUCUAUAAAGAGCUCCGGGAAGAACAAAACGUGGUUGCCAUUAACGAGUACGCCACACUCUACGCCGAAAAGAUCCCAUCGGAAGAAUUGAAUUUGGACACCGAGGAUCGCGUGAUUAGCGUGUUCAGUUUCGAUCGCGAACCCAACCGGACUCACGGAAUCCCCUUCAAGUUCGUUGUGAAGCCUGGAGAACUUUUCGCGGAGACAAAGAAACGGCUUUCUGCUCGCACACAGAUCAAGGGCAAGAACUUCGAGAAGAUCAAGUUCGCCGUGGUCCCCCGGACAUCUUUCUCUAACGCAAAGUAUCUCGAAGAUGGUGAUAUCUUGUCAGAUGUAGCGGGUGCUGAUGACUUCCUGGGUCUUGACCAUCCCAACAAGAGCCGAAGCUUCUGGGGCAAGAGUGAUGGAUUCUCCAUUCGUUAA